AUGCCGGCACAUCGUUUUGAUGUGAACCGAAAGCUUCUUGCCCGAUCGGACCGAGUGAAAUCGGUCGACAUUCACACGAGUGAACCAUGGCUUCUAGCGGCUCUCUACAAUGGAAAUGUCCUGAUCUACAACUUCGAAACGCAGGCUCUUCUGAAGACAAUUGAAGUAUGCGAUCUUCCUGUACGCGCUGCUCGCUUUGUACCUCGCAAACAAUGGGUGAUUACUGGUUCCGACGACAUGCAUAUUAGAGUCUACAACUACAACACUCUCGAACGGGUCCAUCAAUUUGAAGCGCAUUCGGAUUAUUUGAGAUCAAUGGCAGUCCAUCCGACACAGCCAUUUUUGCUUACAACUUCCGACGACAUGCUGAUCAAAUUGUGGGACUGGGAUAACAAGUGGCAAAUGAAACAAUCGUUUGAGGGCCAUACACACUACGUGAUGCAAGUGGCUAUUAAUCCAAAGGACAACAACACCUUUGCAACUGCGUCAUUGGAUAAGACUGUCAAAGUUUGGCAAUUUGGUAGCAAUGUUCCAAAUUUCACCCUUGAAGGACACGAAAAAGGAGUUAAUUGCGUCGACUAUUAUCAUGGAGGAGAUAAACCGUAUUUAAUAUCUGGAGCUGAUGAUCAUCUCGUCAAGAUUUGGGAUUACCAAAACAAGACGUGCGUGCAAACUCUUGAUGGUCAUACCCAAAAUGUUUCCGCGGUUUGCUUCCAUCCCGAACUACCAUUGGUUAUUACGGGAAGUGAAGACUCAACUGUUCGACUUUGGCACUCGGGAACCUAUAGGCUUGAGACUACCUUAAAUUAUGGGCUUGACCGCGUUUGGUGUAUCUCUGCUCAUCGCGGCUCAAACACGGUGGCCAUUGGCUAUGAUGAAGGCUCGGUCACAGUGAAAUUGGGUCGUGAAGAACCAGCGGUGUCAAUGGAUUCGUCAGGAAAAAUUCUUGUUGCUAAACAUUCGGUCGUCCAGCAAUUAAAUUUGAAAACUCUUGAUGUUGAACAAAUGGAACAACUGCAAGAUGGAGAUCGAGUUCCACUCUCGGUGAAAGAACUUGGCUCGUGUGAGAUUUACCCGCAAACAUUGUCACAUUCAAGCAAUGGAAGAUUCGUCGUUGCUUGUGGUGAUGGAGAAUAUAUUGUUUACACGGCGAUGGCUCUUCGAAACAAAGACUUCGGACAAGCACUCGAGUUUGUUUGGGCUCAAGAUCCAAAUGUAUUUGCCGUUCGCGAGUCAGCUCAAAACAUCAAGAUCAAGAAAAACUUCAAGGAUUACAAAGGGAUUCGCACUGACAUCGUGAUGGAUGGAAUUGAGGGAGGCCCACUGCUUGCGGCUCGGUCGAAUUCUUCUUUGUGCUUCUACGACUGGGAGAGCGGCAACCUCGUUCGUCGUAUUGAGAUUGGUGCCCAACAUGUGUAUUGGAAUGAUUCGGGUGAAAUGGUUGCAAUCACUGGAACCGAUUCGUUCUAUAUUUUAAAGUACAACGCCGACAUUGUGGCAUCUGCUGCUUCAACUGAUUUCAAUGAGGAUGGACUUGAAGAUGCUUUCGAAGUUGUCGGAGAACAAUCCGAAACCGUUGGAACUGGUUUCUGGAUUGGGGACUGUUUUGUUUUCACGACAUCACAUAACCGUUUGAAUUACUAUGUGGGCGGUGAAAUUGUCACGAUUGCGCAUUUGGAUCGGCCUCUUUAUUUGCUCGGUUAUCAAGCACAAAACUCGCGCAUUUAUGCAAUGGACAAAGAAUUGAAUGUUGUCAGCUAUCGUCUUCUUCUCACCAUCCUUGAAUAUCAAACUGCUGUUAUGCGACGAGAUUUUGAAACGGCUGAUAAGGUCUUGGUUCAUAUUCCUAAAGAACACCGCACACGGGUAGCUCAUUUCCUUGAAAAACAAGGCUUCAAGAAACAGGCAUUGGCUGUGUCUCAGGAUCCCGAUCAUCGAUUUGAUUUGUCAAUUGCAUUGGGAGAUUUGAAAACAGCUUACGAUUUGGCCUUGCAAAGUGAUAGCGAGGAGAAAUGGAAGACUCUCAGUCAAGUGGCUACUCUUAAAUCUGAUCUGAUGCUUGCCGGAGACUGCCUUGGUCGUGCUCGUGAUUAUGGGGGUUUGUUGUUGUUGGCAUCGUGUGCUGGAUCUGCUCCAUUACUUGGCCGUCUUGCAAAUGAGAGCGCCUCCAAUGGUUCUCACAACGUCAGCUUCUUGUCCAAUUUCUUGCUGGGAGACAUCGACAAAUGUCUAGAGACACUUAUUGCUUCGGAUCGUUUACCAGAGGCUGCAUUCUUUGCUCGCACACACGCUCCAAGUCAAGUUCCUCGCGUAUUGGCACUUUGGAAAGAGCGAGCAACUCGCCAAACACAAUCAGCGAGAAAAGCCGAAGCCCUAGCUGAUCCUGUCAAAUAUGAGAAUCUGUUCCCUGGUUACACCGAAAGUCUGAAAGCUGAAUCGUUUGCUCGACAGUUGUGCAGCCUUGCCGUACCGGCCAAAGCCGCCAAAGAAGCUCCGCCCAACCAAAAUCGAAAUCUUAUUGAUGAAAUGAAUCAAGCUGAACAAAGUGGAGCCCUGACUUUUGAUGCAAAUGGACAAGCUACCCUCCGUGGUGUGAGGCAAGCCGCUCCGCUUACUCAUCAGCCAACACCACCACAGCCUACACCAGCCCUCAUUGCUACUGCAUCUGCGAGUGUUGCUACAGCAGCUGCUGCACUUGGCGUUUCAACAAGUCACGCGCCACCAAGCCCAAAUCCCACUCCGGAGAAUACUCAGCCCUCGGAUGAUGAAGAGCAGCAAAGUGAUGAUGAGGUAGGCGCUGAAAUCGACAGAUUUGAUCAUCACAACGAACCGGAUGUGGUUGGUGGCGCUAAGCCGGAUCUUGUUCCUAGUGCUCAAAAACCCGAUGUCACUAACAACGCCCAAAAUACUAGACCUGAAAUUGUGACGGAUUCCGAAGCUGGAGAGAUGAGGUGGUCGGAUGAAGAAUUUGGUGAUGCUCAAGAUGACGAGAACGUCGGAAAUGACAUUAAUCUUGAUGACCUCAAUCUCGAAGAUGAAGAU